AUGUUAAAUUGUAGGAACUUUCUAAAAAUUAACAUCGCGGCUAGAAAUUUUCAUAUACAUCCUACAUUAAAGUGCAGAUAUAUCACAACGGAUGGAAACAUCGGUACUUUUUGGGAAGAUGAAUUAUCGGUUCCAUUAAACCCUUCAAUUGAUGAAUUACACAAAUGUAAUACUUACCAUGAAUAUUUAACACAAAGGGUUAGAAAAUAUAUGAAAUUGACCGUGGAAGACCUAGAUAAAAAAUCAUUUUUCCUCGUUGAACUUCUACAGGAAACUUUGGCUGCAAUUCACAGCUCUACAGGUUUGCCUUGGUGGAUUGUUAUUUCGGGUUUCACUGUUACUCUAAAAUUGGCAAUGCUCCCAUUAUGGGCCUCUGCUGAGAGGAAUAGAAGGAAAAACGCCGCAGCAAUGCCCAUACUCGCGGAUUUACAAAAUAGAUUAUUUGAAAGUAAGCGCAAAAAGGAUUAUCAGGAAAUGCUAAAGUUGCAACGAGAAUUGUUUCUAAUUAUAUCUGAGAGAAAGAUCAUCAAGAGCGCAUUUAUCCAAGGAACAUUAUCGUUUUUUCAAUUUGCCACCUUCUACUGGGUGUAUGCGACACAACGCAGUUUAUGUAGAAACACUGAAAGAACACCUGAUUUCAUCUUGGAAGCUCCAUUGUGGCUUGACAGUAUUGCUCUGCCUGAUCCUUAUUACAUUUUCCCCACUUUUGCCGCGGCACUGUUAUUAACAAUUUACAACAACAAUUUGGCCACCAAGAAUGCUAUCAAGCACGAACAGACACUAAAAAUACACAAAAAUAAUAAAUCUGCGGGAAACAAAAAGGAGAAGGCCAUACAAAUAAUAGGAAAAUUUGCUAUUUACUCUUUCAUACUAGUAUCAUACAGCAUGCCUGCUGGAGCCUUUUUAUAUUUGGCACCUAGCUUCGCCUUUCAUGCUUUACUAAGACUUGCAACCAAGAAUGACUCCUUCUGCCGUUUUUUCCAGCUAGGUAAAGUGGUCAAUUAG